AUGACGGUCAUGCAGAUUUGUUCCGCGACCGGCUGUGAUGUGAUAGGACUUCAGGAGACCCGACGAGAGGGGCAAGGUUCAAUUGCACACGACGGGUACGUGAUCAUUUGGAGUGGCGCCCGUGCUGGCACCAAGGACAAGAGGGGCGUACACGGUGUGGGCAUAGCGAUCAAGGAGGCCAUGUGGGAGAGUGUGGGCGAGGAAGGUAGGACGGUGGAGUGCAUUAGCCCGAGGCUGAUGAAGGUGCGUCUACAAAUUGGCCGCACCUGCGGAGUAACUUUCGUGGUGGGGUACGCCCCCACGGAAACUGUCCGCACCACCGCGGGCGGUGAUGUUAACGCCAAGGACUCCUUCUGGACUGCUCUCGACGCAGCCAUCCGGGAGGUUCACAGCCGUGACCAUCUCGUGGUGCUAAUGGACGCCAACGCACGCACUGGUAGGAGGCGAGGCGGGUGCUGCGAUGCCAAGGUAUUGGGCGCGUACGGACGCGACAUUAUGAACAACAACGGGGAACGACUCUUUGGACUGGCAUCAGACAACCAAUUCUCCCUGGCCAACACCUACUUCCGGACACCGAAAGGUGGAGUGCAGCACACAUUCCAGAGCUCCAACAAGGGAAAGGAGAAGUACCGCCUCGACUUCAUCCUCAUGCGUCAGGCGGACCGGCGUUUCGUGCGCAAUGUCUCCGUCAAACGUGUCGACUUCAAAGACUCUGACCACAACCUCGUGCUUACGACUGUCCGCCUCCCCCCCCGUGUCGCACCCAACCGACGAGUGCGGGGGAACAGCGGAAGCAGCCGGAUCCGUAUCGACCUCGAGCGGUUGAGGAAGGACAAACACCUACGGGACGCCUUCCAAAACAGGGCCUCUAGCCGCCCUCCGCCCACGGCGCUCAGGCGGCCAACGGGAGAGACCGCCGCCGAGCUGACGGCUACGGCUGGUACACGAGCGAAGCGCAGCAUGAGAUCUUCGAAGCCUCUAAAGAGAUUAAGGCGGCCCAGCAGCAACUGCGUGGGGCCUCAAAGAACAGCGCAUUCGAGGCGACCCUGAAGGCGAUGCUCAAGGCGGGGCGGAAGAAGCGCAGUAUCUCGAGGUGGAGAGCACUGGAAACGUUCAUCGAGGGCUAUGUACUGCAGCUCGAGAAGAAGAGCCGCGAGGGGGAUCAGGCGGGCUUCUAUAGGCACCUG